AUGGAUUCUGCUCAAAAAGAAACGCCUCAAGAAGCUCCGAGUACUGAGGUUCAGCAAAACGAUGCGCCGCCCGAUCCUCUUACCGCCAUCACCGAUAGCCUCCCACCUGCCACCGACUACCUAACUUACCUGACUAUUCUUGAGUCCCACCUAUCACCAGACAUCCUACCGAAGCUCAACGACAUACUUCAAGAUGAAGAAUUGACACAGCAUAUUGGAUGGGAUUUGAUACAUCUGCUUCUGCCCCUGCCAGGUGGUGAAAAAUGUCUAGAAACGGUUGCAAGAUUGGGGAAUCCGCGCGAGGUUGUUUUGAAGGUUACAGAAGCACUGCAAAUACUCGAACUAGACAAUGCUGCGAGAGAUGAGGAAGGGGAGGAACAGGAUGAGGAGGAUACAGAGGAGACUACAGCAGACGAUGAAACUUCAAACGAUCCCAAUGAAGUCGUACCUAGCUCUGAGCCCACUGAGGUCGACAAGUUCUGCAUUCUUGUCAACUUACUUCAAAUAUUACAUCCACGAAUCAAGACGCAAUAUCCUUCUCGAUUUCUUUCCACCUCCCUCAUGGCAAUACUCUCAGCUUUUAGACCUUCGAAUCAAGCUACCUUGGCCGUUAUAUCUUUUGUUCAUACAGUGUCAGGGAAAAAGCGGCCACCUCUUCCAGGGAGAUCCUCAAGUAUGAGUAUUUCGGUCAGAUCCAGUGGAACAGAAUCCAAAUCUUCUGCACCAGACCCAGAAGCAGAGGAGGAAGACCCAAGAGAAGCGGCCAUACAGAAGAAACUAUUACAGUCAUUUGUUACGCAUAUAUUAGAAGAUUAUGUAAACGAGAACCCCUUGGAAUGGUCUGCGCGAUUGCAGGAGCUGUAUGAUCCCAAAAGAGUUGUUACAAACAAGAAGAGUCUUAGUCAAUCAUUUCGAGAUGUCGAAGAACUACAAACGAGAGAUACAGUGGUGGGGCAACUAGUAGCCCUGGGAAGAGACCUAGGUCUUUCCGACUAUACUGAGUUAUUCGAGGCAAUUUACAAGAGCGAAGAAGAGUCCGACGAUGAUCCAGAAUCAAAUUAUCCAACAUCACCCAAUGAUAUUCCACUUUCAAAGCCUGGGUCACUGUGCUUGAUAGCAUCGUUAAUUUUCGCGUCAAUCCUAUUCGAUUCAAAAACGCCUCCUCCGAAAAUGUCAAUAUUUCCAGAUCACACCAAGCUCAUGGCCCAGUUUAUUGGUACGAGCGGUCCAGGGACUAAUGGUACGGAAAAACCAGGUGUGAUAGAUGCGAUACUAGCCAUCGGAUUAUGGCUAGAGCACAAUAAUCAAUUCGUGACAGGACCACUGGAGGAUGAAGACUAUCUGCAACAGCUUCAAUCACUCUCUCUUUUAUCAGCUAAUACGCCGUCACCAACACUACGAUACGCUGCUCACUCACUUACUUCCGCAAUACUUCACGCUCAUCCAGUCGACCGCCUUCGAUUGACCUUUAUAUCAGAUACCCUCGAGCAUUGUCCUUAUGAAACAUUGAAAGCAUCAGCCGUAUCAUGGUUAAAGGAGGAACUGGUUACAGCACAAGAGAGGAAAACCGAAAAUGUAUUUGGCACAACCCUCGCUCUUGCAGCUGCGCAACCAUAUUUAUUCCCAGACACAUCGGCCCUCCGAGAAGCAGACGAGAAGGAAUUAGAAGAGGAACUUGCUCAGUCAUUCCCAUUCCACAUGGCUGUCCUCAAUUUCAUCUACCUCAUCUCCAACAAGCAGUUCUCCAACGUCGUACCACCAGGUAUGAUGGUUGUAGUUGAGGAGAUAUAUCUAGGCCCCUUGCGAGCCGCGCAGACGAGAGCACUUGCAGCUCAGCAGGACGGCGAAGAAGGACAUAUUGAUCAUGCUCAUGGUUUUACUUUUGACCUUCAAUUACUUGGCGAUCGAUUGGCGCUAUGUUCGACGCAUUUAGAGACUUAG